AUGGUCAUAGAUGCAUAUUUCACUGGGAAUCACGUUGCGAAACUUUCUUAUUUUCGGAACCUACGACGUGAAUGUAUUGAUAAUGGAACAUGGGCCUUUAUGAAGACCAUGCUCGCAAAAUCCUUGAUGAGGCCAUCAAGGAGGCAAUACAAUCUAGAAUUUGGAACCAGUUUAAUUUCCUUAUUAAAAACCCAAGAAUCAGAUCUCGCCCGGGUGUCCGGAAAUUUCGAACGUAAUAUUUGCCCAGCUAUGGCCACGGAAUGUAGGUACCUAAGACGUCCAGAAGUUCGUCCGUCUUUGCCUUGUCUUGUCCUUGAUGACCUAAUCUCUCGUAUGGCACAAGCUCCUGCUCGAAAACAUGACUUUAUGCGACGAAGUGCCUAG